AUCGCAAUGCAAGGGUAUGUUGGCUUGACUUCGUGCAGCAGGUGCAUGAGUUAAUAUUUUUGCGAAAUUGGUCACAAAAUUAUUUAGGUUUUGGCUAAAAAUCCCAGCGUUUGAAGUGAAACAAACAAUCGGACACCAAGUUCCGAGAAACAAAUCGUUAAGCACUCAAGUUUCUGUCAAAUAAUCUCAGGUUUUUAGCAAUAAAACCUCGCCGUCAGCGAAAGGGUAAAACUACGCGCACAAGCCACAUGCACAUUUGCAGUGCAGCUGAACAAUGAAAUUUUGACAACUGUGCAAUUUUCGGUCUUCAGUUUCAUCUGCAUAAAAUCCCCCAAUGGCCUCCGACGCCGGAGCUGGAGGUUCCGAUGAAGCUAGUUUGAAAUGGGUGACACUGUUUGACAACAUGAACGCCAAGGAGGAAGGCAAGAAGAAGAAGGCUUCUGGCUCCAAGAAAGCCAGCAGCAAGGCUGCUGCCCCAGCAGAGGACAUGAUGAGCACCCCUGAUAGGAAGGUGAAUAAGUCGGAUAAGCGGCUGUCGGUGGAGCGUAUCUACCAGAAGAAGACGCAGCUGGAGCACAUCUUGCUCAGGCCUGACACCUACAUUGGAUCGGUGGAACAAGUGAAACAGGCCAUGUGGGUUGUCAAUGAAGAUGGAAUGCUUGAAAAUAGAGAGAUUACCUACGUACCUGGAUUGUUCAAAAUCUUUGAUGAAAUCCUCGUAAAUGCCGCUGACAACAAGCAGAGGGACCCAACAAUGAAUGCCAUCAGAAUAUCCAUUGAUCCUGAAAACAACAUGAUCAGCAUCUGGAACAACGGCAAGGGCAUCCCCAUCAUUGAGCACAAGACAGAGAAGCUCUUUGUUCCCUCCAUGAUCUUUGGUCAUCUGCUGACCUCCAGUAACUAUGACGACUCACAGAAAAAGGUCACAGGUGGUCGCAAUGGUUAUGGCGCCAAGCUGUGCAACAUAUUCAGCACCAAGUUUACAGUCACCACCGCCUGCAAGCAGUACAAGAAGAAGUUCAAGCAGACCUGGACCAAGAAUAUGACCAAGACCACUGAUCAUAAGAUAUCGGAGUUUGACGGCACAGAUUUCACCGAGAUCUGUUUCUACCCGGACCUUGCCAAGUUCAAGAUGGAGACCCUGGACAGAGACACUGUGGCCCUGCUGACAAGGCGGGCCUACGAUAUCGCUGGCUGUACCAAGGGUGUCCGAGUGACACUCAAUGGCAAUAGGCUGUCGGUAACCGAUUUCAGGUCCUAUGUGGACUUGUACCUGAAAGACAAAACGGACGAGACUGGUAGCCCGUUGAAGGUGGCCUAUGAGUCUGUCAACCCGCGGUGGGAGGUUUGCUUGACGACCAGCGAGAAAGGUUUCCAGCAAGUCAGCUUUGUUAACAGCAUUGCGACCAUGAAGGGAGGGAGGCAUAUAGACUAUGUUGCCGAGCAGGUUGUUACCAAGCUGAUUGACACAAUUAAGAAGAAGAACAAAGGCGGAAUUGCAAUCAAGCCGUUUCAGAUCAAGAGUCACGUUUGGCUGUUUGUGAACUGUCAGAUUGAGAACCCAACGUUUGACUCCCAGACCAAGGAGAACAUGACCCUGCAGGCCAAGCAGUUUGGCUCCGAGUGCAAAAUGUCCGACAAAUUCUACAAGGCGGCAUUGAGUAGCGGUGUUGUGGAGAACAUCAUGUCGUGGAUGAAGUUCAAACAGCAGAGCCAACUUGACAAGAAGUGCCAUGCCAGCAAACACUCCAAGAUCAAGGGCAUCCCCAAGCUGGAUGAUGCCAAUGAUGCCGGGGGUAAGAACUCCCAGGCCUGCACCCUGAUCCUGACUGAGGGAGAUUCGGCCAAGUCGCUGGCUGUCAGCGGGUUAGGGGUCGUAGGUCGCGACCGCUACGGGGUCUUCCCACUCAGGGGUAAACUGCUCAACGUCAGGGAGGCUAAUCAUAAACAGAUUAUGGAGAAUGCUGAGAUCAACAACAUCAUCAAGAUCAUGGGUCUGCAGUACAAGAACAAGUACGAGCAGGCCGAGUCCCUGCGCAGCUUACGCUACGGCAAGCUGAUGAUCAUGACGGAUCAGGACCAGGACGGCUCCCACAUCAAGGGCCUACUGGUCAACUUCAUCCACAACAACUGGCCCAACCUCCUCAAGCACAGCUUCCUGGAGGAGUUCAUCACGCCCAUCGUCAAGGUCACCAAGGCCAAGGAGUCUCAAUCCUUUUACUCACUGCCAGAAUUUGAGCAAUGGAAGAACACAACAGACAACUGGAACACAUUUAAGAUCAAGUACUACAAAGGUUUGGGUACGAGCACCAUGAAGGAGGCCAGGGAAUACUUCAGUGACAUGGCCCGGCAUCGUAUCCCCUUUAAGUACGCAGGACCUGAAGACGACAGCGCUAUCAUUCUGGCUUUCAGUAAGAAGAAAGUUGAGGACCGCAAGGAAUGGCUGACUGACUGGCUGAGAGAAAGGAAGUCGAGACGUGAGGCUGGCCUCCAUGACGUCUACCUGUACGGCAAGCAGACCAAGUCCAUCAGCUACAAUGACUUCAUCAACAAGGAGCUGGUGCUGUUCUCAAACGCUGACAACGAACGCUCCAUCCCAUCCUUGUGUGACGGUCUGAAGCCCGGCCAGCGUAAAGUCUUGUUCACUGCCUUCAAACGCUAUGAGAAGAAGGAAGUCAAGGUGGCCCAAAUGGCUGGUGCCGUGUCGGAACUCUCUGCCUAUCACCACGGCGAGAAUUCCUUGAUGAGCACCAUCAUCAACUUGGCGCAGAACUACGUGGGCAGCAACAACUUGAAUCUCUUGCAGCCCAUUGGUCAGUUUGGUACGCGGCUGUACGGUGGUAAAGACGCUGCCAGCCCCCGUUACAUCUUCACCCAGCUCAGUUCCUUGGCCCGUAAGAUCUUCCCAGCCAACGAUGACCCUCUGCUCAAGUCCAACUUUGACGACAACCAGCGCAUUGAGCCUGAGUUUUACUGCCCCAUCAUCCCCAUGGUCCUGGUGAAUGGAACGGACGGCAUCGGCACGGGCUGGAGCACCAAGAUUGCCAACUACGACGUGCGGGAGGUGGUGGCCAAUGUCAAACGUAUGCUGAACGGAGAGGAACCAUUACCAAUGCUCCCAGCCUACAAGAACUUCAAGGGCACCAUUGAGGAGUUUGAGCCCAACCGUUUCGUCUGUAAUGGAGAAGUAUCCAUCAUUGACAACAACACUAUUGAGAUUACGGAGCUGCCUGUCCGUGUCUGGACCCAGAACUACAAGGAGGCUACCCUGGAGCUGUUCCUGCACGGCAGUGAGAAAGUCAAACCCUGCAUUACAGACUACAAGGAGUACCACACUGACACCACUGUCAAGUUUAUUGUCAAGAUGUCUGAGGAAAAACUGAUGCAGUUUGAACAGGAAGGCUUGCAUAAGGCCUUCCGUGUGCAGAACACGAUAUCACAAACCAAUAGUAUGGUCCUCUUCGACCAGCACGGCUGCAUCAAGAAGUACACAGACGUGGUGGAGAUCAUGCAGGAUUUCUACACGAUGCGACUGGACAUGUACCACCGACGCAAAGAUUACAUGGAAGGCAUGCUGGAGGCGGAGUCUAGCAAGCUCAACAACCAGGCCCGCUUCAUCAUGGAGAAGAUUGAUGGCACCAUCGUGAUCGAGAACAAGAAGAAGAAGGAGAUGAUCUCCACGCUGGUUCACCGGGGCUACGACUCGGACCCUGUCAAGUCCUGGAAGGAGGCCCAGAACAAGCUCCAGGAGGAAGGCGGGGGCUCGGAGAUCGAGGACGACGCUAUGAGCGAGGUGUCCACGGCCUCCUCGUCGGCCGGGCCGGACUACAACUACCUGCUGGGGAUGGCCCUCUGGAGCUUGACGAGAGAGAGGAAGGACGAUCUGCUCAAGCACAGGGAUGACAAGUGCAAAGAGCUGGCCGACCUCAGAAGGAAAACACCGAACAUGUUGUGGAGAGAGGACCUGGAAGCGUUUGAGAUGCAGUUGGAGAUUGUUGAGCAGCAGGAACGUGACGACGAGGCCGCCGGUGCAGCCGCAGCCGGUGCCAAGGGAGCCAAGAAACCACGCAAAAAGCUGAUCACCAAGCAAGAGACCAUGCCUUCCCCAUACGGCCGCAGGGUGGUCCCUCGCAUCGAUGCAAUCACCAAGGCGGCUAGGGCUACCAGCACUGCUGCUGCCAGGAAGGCACGGAAACCCAAGAAACUGGAGAACGGGGAGGACACGGCCAGCCUGGACGACAGCAUAGAGAAGGAACCCAUGUCGUUAAUGCAACGCCUGGCGGCCAAGGGCACUAAGGCCCUGACCACAAACGGUGGCACUAAGGCCCUGAAGCAGAAAAAGCUGGCUUUCAAACCGGCCACCAAGAAAAAGGCCUUGCCCAAAAAGAAGAAGGCUAGUUCCUUCUCGGACUCUGACUCCGGCUCGGACUUUGAAGGCGUAGUCAAUGAUAUUAAGGAGGAAGGAGUGCAGAAACCCGUCGGCAGACGAGCAGCAGCCCAGAAGGCCAAGUAUUCAGUAAGCGAUGAGGAGGAUGACGAUGACGAAAAAUUUGUUCCUUCCCCGCGGGCGUCUCCCGCCUUCAACCUGGACGAUGUGAGUGACGCCGAUAACGACGAUGACACAGAUGAUUACUCCCCCUCCCCUGUCAGGAAGCCCGUCAAGCGAGCUGCCCCCAGGGUGGCUAGCGACAGCGACAGCAGCGAUGGGGUGGCAGAGGUGGAAGACCCCAAAGCAAAAGAAACAGUGCUGUUAAGUUCUGGGGAUGACUCGGACAGCGGGCUAUCGCCGCCCAAACAGGCCAAAACAUUGCCUGCCAAGAAGCCUGCUGCCAAGCCGAAAGCCACAAAGCAGAAGACCCUCUUGGAGAUUAUCAACAAACCUUCCAAGUCCAAGAAGAGCACAGACGACGAUCAGCAAAGCACGGAAGCCAAGAAACCCACCAAGGCUAAAGCGGCUCCCAAACCAAGGAAGCCGGCCACCAAGAAAUCCAAGACGACAUCAGAGGACGACUCCUCAGACUUCAAGCCCAAGAAAUCCGCUCCCAAGAAAACGGCCAGCAAAAAGCAACCCAAGAAGAGGAAGUACGAUUUCUCUGACUCGGACGACGACAAGGGUUUGGACGAUUUAGACGACUUAAACGAUGAUGAGUUUGUGGCCCCCAAGCUGACUGGCCGGGCUGGGGGACGGGUCAAGCCCGCUGUCAAUUACAACUUUGGUGACGACUCCGACGAUGGUGAUGAUUUUUGAAGUAUCUUCGGCAAGGAUUUCCGUGGAAGCUCUGUUCCCUUCACACAGAUAAGCUGUCUUCCUCUAUAGCAGGUUCCCUAAUACAAAAAAAGAAUGGCUCUGCACUAAGGCUGUGACUUUUAAUUUUCUAAAAAUUUAAAACCCCAAAUUUUAAAUGUUUUAACGGACUUGCAGCAAGACAACACUGUGCUAUGUAAAGCUUCGCAUCAGUUCAUUACACAUGCACACCAAAUGAGUUUUCAAAAGGAAACAUUUUGCUUGUCCACAAAAUGAAGUAUAUGUGAUCAAAACCAAAUAUGCCAGUUUGAGAGGCUUGUUUGGCCAAUGCACCUUGAAGCCACUGGUCGGCCAUCUUGGAUCCCCCAAAGUCUUACUGGGACAUACAUGUACGUCGUUCUGCAGUAGAGGUUUUUUUCUUCACUUUUUCACUUUUCUUCUUUUGCCAGUCCAAGAAUACAAUUUUUUGUCUCAAAAAAGCUGGUCAGAAAAUACACUUUGUAUUUUUCUCUGCCUCCUUCCGAAAAUUCAGUACCAACUACGCUGGAAAAUUUCACAUUUACUGAACGUGCCUCGUGGGAUACCCAAGAUGGAGGAUGGCUGCUUCAAUGGCCGCUGAAGGUCAGUGGUUCAUUGUCAACACACCCAUAAGCACAUGUGUUCAAUUUGUUUUGUGGAGAAACGUUCAAGGAUUGCAGUAAAAAUGGCCAGUCAGGAAUUUAUUCUCAGGGUUGUGUUCAGACGCAGAGAAGGCUUUUAACUAGUUCGCUUUUCAAGACUGUUUAAGCAUAUCAGUGUUAAAAGGUUGCAGUCUUACUCUGUAGUAAGAACAGGUAUGGGAGGACAGAAUGUUUCAAAGCUGACGACAUUCCCAAUAUUAUUUCGAAAAAAA